AUGUCUGCCGGAACAGCGCUAACGACGAACGAGCGUCAUAUUCGAGACAAUAACUACAACAACAAUCUUCCAGAGGACCGAAUGGACGUUGAACUUGACACAGGACACAACGUAACGGACCGGGAAGACUUGGACACUGGAAUACAAGCCACUUGUUCAUCUAACGGCAGUGGCGGGGAGGAGGAUGAGUCGGAGUCCAUUGAUCGGGAAAGAGAAGCCGGGGGCUCGAUUCCUCAGCGCAACGGGGAAGGAGUGUUGUUGGGAAGGGAGCAAGAGGUGUCAGUCGAAAUCGGAGAGACGUAUUUAUGUCAGCGAGCCGACAAGACAUGGCAUUCUGCUGAGGUUAUCCAGUCCAGGCUCAACGAACAGGAGGGCAGAGAGGAGUUCUACGUACACUAUGUUGGAUUUAACAGACGUCUGGAUGAGUGGGUGGGCAAGGCUCGCCUGGCACUGACAAAGACAGCGAAGGACGCAGUUACAAAAAUCGCUGAGGGUGGUGGAGGGGGCGAGCUGGGGGAGCAGCCCGAGAGGAAGAUCACCCGCAACCAGAAACGCAAACAUGAUGAGAUCAACCACGUGCAGAAGACGUACGCAGAGAUGGACCCCACCACAGCUGCCCUGGAGAAGGAGCAUGAGGCGAUCACUAAAGUGAAGUACGUGGACAAGAUCCAGAUUGGAAACUUUGAGAUUGACGCCUGGUACUUCUCCCCAUUCCCAGAGGACUACGGCAAGCAGCCCAAGCUGUGGAUCUGCGAGUACUGCCUCAAGUACAUGAAGUACGAGAAGACCUUCAGAUACCACCUGUCCCAAUGUCAGUGGAGGCAGCCUCUUGGGAAAGAAAUCUACAGGAGGAGCAACAUCUCUGUGUACGAAGUGGACGGACGCGACCAUAAGAUCUACUGCCAGAACCUGUGUCUACUGGCCAAGCUCUUCCUGGACCACAAGACGCUGUACUUUGACGUGGAGCCUUUUGUCUUUUACAUUCUGACUGAAGUCAACAGGCAGGGAGCACACAUAGUGGGAUACUUCUCCAAAGAGAAAGAGUCUCCAGAUGGGAAUAACGUGGCGUGUAUCCUCACCCUCCCACCCUACCAGCGCAGAGGAUACGGAAAGUUCCUCAUAGCCUUCAGUUAUGAGCUGUCUAAAUUGGAGAGUACGGUGGGUUCUCCGGAGAAGCCCCUGUCAGACCUGGGCAAGCUGAGCUACAGGAGCUACUGGUCCUGGGUGUUGCUGGAGAUUCUCAGGGACUUCAGGGGCACGCUCUCCAUCAAGGACCUCAGGACAAUGACCGAAAUCACACCUCCAGGCUGGGUAAGGGCUAUUUGACCAAGAAGGAGAGGGAUGGAGUGCUGCAUCAGAUGACCUGGCCUCCACAAUCACUCGACCUCAACUCAAUUGAGAUGGUUUGGGAUGAGUAGGACCACAUAGUGAAGGAAAAGCAGCCAACAAGUGCUCAGCAUACAGUGGUUGCUCCACUAAACGUUUUGCGAUUAUGCUGUGGUACUUAGAGGUCAUUUGUGGUUUAGUACGGUACCCUACAUCAUCACUUCAUUGCUCCAGACCAGCGCAAGGGGGAUUUAGAGCACUGUGUCUCUGACAGUGAAUGGGUGACAUAAACCUAAAUAGAAACUGUUAAUUGUGCUCGACUUCACACUAAGGGUUUUAUUUUGUUAGGAUUAUUUUGCUCUUACUGUAGUAGUGUAGCCCACUCCUGACCGGUCACGUUGUACAGCGUCUGAGUGGCGCAACGGACUAAGAGACUGCAUAGUAGGUCAAGCUGUGUUGCUACAGAUGUUGGUUCAAUGCCCGUGCCGGCCUCGACUGGGAGACCCGUGAAAUGACUCUAGGUUUUUGGUUUCUCUCCCUUUAAAAACAGAAAUAAAUAAUUAUAAAUAACAAACUGGCUAACAAAAUGGCUAAUAACUAACUUUAUUUCCAAAUUAGUAACAUUGUCUCAUCCCAUGUUCAAGAAUGGCCUUUUUCUCGCUCAUUUUACAGUAUUUGAAAACUAAAUCAUCUCUGAAAUAUAUUUUAUAAUUAUUUUAAAGCCCCUUGGAUAUUCUCACAGAUAUAUUAUUAACCCUAUUAUUAGUAGGACAAUAUAUAUUGGUCAUGGCUCACAAUUGGCUCUGUGUUUCUCUCCCUCUUAAAACAGAAAUAAAUAUUUUGGCCUUUACAAAUAUUAUUUUGGCCAUAUUAGAGUCCGGUCAUAUUUUUCGAAAUAUUGUCGGCCUACCGUAGGCGAUAUGAGUCUCACUAGUGUUGAGUAAUGUACUGUUAAAAGUGGUGUAGGUCUUAUUUAUUUAAAGAGCAUAUUGAAGUUAGAAGCAAUAGGAUUUUAAGCAAUAGCCUACAACUGUUUUAGCUUGUUUCACGCUGCUCUGAGACAAGCAUGGGGACUGGUCUUGAUAAAUCAAUGCGAUUUUUAUUUUGACUGCAUCUCUAUUUGGGUAUUGGUUAGACUACAAUUAUGGUGUAGAAAUGUUAUGCUCUUAGUGUAACCUUUAUUUAACUAGGCAAGUCAGUUAAGAACAAAUUCUUAUUUAAAAGGACAGCCUAUUCCUUCCUCCCCGUCGGGGAAUUGAAUCCCAGUCUUCCGCGUGCCCGCAUGACACGGAAGCCAAAUAGCCAAGUACUGUAGUCUACUCCUGACCGUCACGUUGUACAUCGCCAUAUAAACCCCAGAGGGUUUUUCUUGGAAUAAAAACACCAUAAUAUUAAGCAACAUUUAUUAAAAUCAGUCCCGUUAUUUAAGUGCCAACCACUGGUACCAUUAAUGCUAGUUUGACGUUAGAUGCUGCUAAUGCUAUGUUCUUAUAAAAAAAGGUUUGAAAUUCUCUUGUGCAGCCACUACUGAAGGCAAUCAAAUGCUUGUCAAAGAUGCCCUCUGGUGGUCAAGCUAGCAUUAACAGUACCCGUGGUUGGCACUUAAAUAACAUGCUGUGCUGCAGUACGCUGCAACUUUUAAAGGACAUUUCUGUGGGAAUUCCUUUAAGACUGUUGGAAAAGCAUUCCAGGAGACUACCUCAUGAAGCUGGUUGAGAGUGUGCAAAGCCGUCAAGGAAAAGGGUGGCUCAAGUAUAAAAUAUAUUUCGAUUUCUUUAACACUCUUUUUUUUGGUUACUACCUGAUUUCAUGUGUUAUUUCAUUAGUUUUGAUGUCUUCACUAUUAUUCUACAAUGUAGAAAAAUAAUGUUUUUUUAAAAACUUCAAUGAGUAGGUGUCCAAACUUUUGACUGGUACUGUAUGUGAAAAUCCAUCUACUUGCACAUCCACAACAUAGGUACACCUGCAUUCACAUGUACAUAUGUCAGGUACUCCUACAUCAUAACUGUACACAUAUGACCUCACACACACUCAGCCCCAGAUUCUCAUUGCUCUCCCCACUCCACAGUCAGAUGACCAGUAUUACCCAGGGUGACAUCAUCAGUACGCUGCAGUCCCUCAACAUGGUGAAAUACUGGAAAGGCCAGCACGUCAUCUGUGUCACACCCAAACUGGUUGAGGAACACCUCAAGAGUGCCCAGUACAAGAAGCC